AUGAACGAGGAGCCAAUUAUCAACCUGAACAAAGACGAAAAGUUGCACUCAAAGAACAAAACUGUUGGUAGGAUAUCGAGGUUAUUCCAAAAGAAGCCUAAAAAGAAGAGCAGUAGUCUGGCCCCUUCCAUAUCCUCAGUAUCCCUAUCAGAGCAACAACAGCAACAAGGCCUAUCGAAGCAAUCGACCUAUCAGAGCUCAUCCAGUAUAGCAAGCUCUCAAAUCAGUGUUCCACCGCAACAGCAAUAUCUCGACGCAUCUGAUAGAAAUUCAUAUUUGGACACUCGCAAUAUUCAAAUAAAUAGCGAUGCUGCCUCCAGCAACUCCAAGCUGACUAGAAACAUGUCGCUCAGAAGCAAUCGAUCCAUGAAUAUCCAGCAAAUGAUACAGCAGCAAAGACAAGUGCUAAGAGACUUGGACUCACAAAAGCAAUUUUAUACUAAGGAGGUGACAACCCUCACAGAGCAACUAUCCAAAAUGAACGAAAAGAUCAAGCAACGCUCACACGACAUGGAUCUUUUACAAAAAAAUUAUCAAACACACUUGCGUUCUGUGCGCUCUAGCGAUGAUACAUCAGACACAAUAGCCACAAAGUUACUUCAGCUUCGACAACAGAUCCAUUCUUUAGCCAGCGAAUUGUUGCCUCAUGCAGAACCAGUUGUUGCUACUGAGAAGCUAAGCACACUAUGGCUCAAUCUCGGCGCUUCCAUCGAUCAAUUAGGGAAGCCAUUGCCUCCAGAGCGCAUUCAAAUGUUGACAGAGAAAUUCAUGAUGGAUGUGCUUGUUCAGAACCUCAAUAUCAAUGUAUUCCCAGGUCUCUCAUGCAACAACGACUUUCUAGUAUUACACCAAUGGUUCGAUCAAAACGAUACAUCAACAUUCUUUUCCACGAGAUUGCGUCAGGAACUUAGUAUGAUAGUUGUUCAGAAUAAUACAGACAGCGGUGCCGGCGAUAUUCAACAGACUUGGAAGAAAUUUGUGGAUCGCAACUGGAAUCAUCUAUAUCGUGGAUUACAAAAAGCAUAUCCAACCUACUUGGUGAAAAAGUCAGAUACUACGGCCAGUGAGCAGGCAAUGGCUGUGGCGAACGAGUACGGUAAAAAGUUGCGCGACCUAGUGGAAUUCACAAUGAAUUUGGGAUCAGCAAUAAAAGGGCAAGAGGUGUGCAUUACUGCUGUGGAUGUCAGGGAAGGAAAGCAGCCUUUUGACGGCCAAUUGAUGUAUGAUGAGGAUGGGCAGACCACGGGGACUAUUGCUUUCUGCAUUUCUCCACCGUUUGUUGUCAAAGUUGCCAAUAGAUAUGAGCCUCUAUUGAAAGGCAGGGUGCUCUGUUUUCCUUCUCCCUCUAUUUCUUCAUCAACAACUGUCUCUACGUCUCCGCAACAAAAAGUAGAAAACGAUCCAUCGUCGGUACCACUCGAGCAAGAAGCAUUGGCAACAAAAUAA